CGCGAACUCGAUUACUUGAACGAAAUGUUUCAGAACUAAAACUAGUUUAAAUGGAAUAGUGUUAUCGAGACUAUAUAUUUGGCAACUUGGACUGUUGUCAUCAAAAAUGUUUGUUUCUCUUGCGGCUGAUUUGUUGGGUGACUGAAAUGCAAUGUCUGUGUAAACAGCUGUAAAAGCAAGAUGGCUGAUGGUGAGGCUAAACAGAUGUGGGCAGACCUCGAAGAUGAGACAUUCUUUCUCGGAGCUGUCCCGCUUCAGAAAUUUAAACAACAGCUGGAAGAGAAUAAGAAGGCAGAGCUCGAUCUAAGUUUUGAUACAAGUACGCCAGGAUACUGUACCGAUGCUGUGCUCAAAGUCUGGAGAGACGUGUAUCUUACUCGGGUCAAGAAGGAUGCCACAUACGGGAGCCGGCUCAAAAAGGUUGAUCUGCGAUGCUGUUCCUUGCUCACGGAUGUCGGGAUUGGAUGGCUGGCUGAAAUUGUCAAAUAUUCUCCAGAUCUCAAUACAAUACAGAUUGAUGGGUGUACGAAGGUAACUGACUGUGGGUUGUCUGCCCUCAAACUGGCUGCCAUGUCAGUUCAGGUCUCUGCCAUGGCGACGUCUGUGACACACUUGAACUUGGGCAGCCUGACCAGAGGAUGUCCUCUGCUGAUUGAUGUCAAAACUGAACAGGUUGAAGAACACCUCCAGGGGCACGUGUUGGUCGUUCCCCACGACAAGAUGAAAACAAGUUUUUCUGAAUACCUCAAGUCCAAGUCACUCAGUCAGCGUGAGAUUCUACAUCAUAUCACCAGCUGGACACUGGACAACUGGAACGUUGCUGUUACUGAGAUUCCAUAUAACAAUGUAUGUGUUCAAAAUAAAGAUAGUCUGGAGCAGAAUCCAUUGUUUGAGAGUUUGGUACCCAAGAAUCCAACACAGGUUGUAAUUCCGUUUGAUGCAUCAUUGGAACUGGCAGAAAUCAAAUCUCACAUUGCGAAAACUAUCACCCGAAUUCUCAGCAAGGAGACAGUUAACCCACCUCACAAAGAUUUCGACUUGAAGAUUGUGAGCAGUGAUUUCUUCCUUGACACCCAGUUGGUAGAGAAAUGUGUCUGGAAUCCAGAUGGUGUUUUCAGGGAUCUCAGGAAUCUUAGAGAUAUUAGAUAUUUUAGGGAUCUCGGGAAUCUUAGAGUUGUGAGGUAUCUUGGAGAUCUCAGGAAUCUUAGAAAUGUGAGGUAUGUUAGAGUUCUCAGGAAUCAUAGAGAUGUGAGGUAUCUUAUGGAUCUCAGGAAUCUUAGAGAUGUGAGGUAUCUUAGAGAUCUCAGGAAUCAGAGAGAUGUGAGGUAUGUUAGAGAUCUCAGGAAUCUUAGAGAUGUGAGGUAUCUUAGAUAUCUCAGGAAUCUUAGAGAUGUCAGGUAUCUUAGAGAACUAAGGAAUCUUAGAAAUAUUAGAUAUUUUAGGGAUCUCAGGAAUCUUAGAGAUGUGAGGUAUCUUAGAGGUCUCAGGAAUUUAAGAAAUGUGAGGUAUCUUAGAGAUUUCAGGAAUCUUAGAGAUGUGAGGUAUCUUACAGAUCUUAGGAAUCUUAGAGAUAUGAGGUAUCUUAGGGAUCUCAGGAAUCUUAAAGAUGUGAGGUAUCUUAGAGAUCUCAGGAAUCAUAGAGAUGUGAGGUAUCUUAGAGAUCUCAGGAAUCUUAGAGAUGUGAGGUAUGUUAGAGAUCUCAGGAAUCUUAGAGAUGUGAGGUAUCUUAGAGAUAUCAGGAAUCUUAGAGACAUAAGGUAUGUUAGAGAUCUAAGGAAUCUUAGAGGUGUGAGGUAUCUUAGAGAUCUCAGGAAUUUAAGAAAUGUGAGGUAUCUUAGAGAUCUCAGGACUCAUAGAGAUGUGAGGUAUCUUAGGGAUCUCGGGAAUCUUAGAGAUAUUAGAUAUUUUAAAGAUCUCAGGAAUCUUAGAGAUGUGAGGUAUCUUAGGGAUCUCAGGAAUCUUAGAGAUGUGAGGUAUCUUAGAGAUCUCAGGAAUCUUAGAGAUGUGAGGUAUCUUAGGGAUCUCAGGAAUCUUAGAGGUAUUAGAUAUUUUAGAGAACUCAGUAAUCUUAGAGAUGUGAGGUAUCUUAGUAAUCUCAGGAAUCUUAGAGAUGUGAGGGAUCUCAGGAAUCUUAGAGAUGUGAGGUAUCUUAGAGAUAUUAGAUAUUUUAGAGAUCUCAGGAGUCUUAGAGAUGUGAGGUAUCUUAGAGAUCUCAGGAAUCUUAGAGAUGUGAGGUAUCUUAGAGGUCUCAGGAAUUUAAGAAAUGUGAGGUAUCUUAGAGAUUUCAGGAAUCUUAGAGAUGUGAGGUAUCUUAGAGGUCUCAGGAAUUUAAGAAAUGUGAGGUAUCUUAGAGAUUUCAGGAAUCUUAGAGAUGUGAGGUAUCUUAGAGAUCUUAGGAAUCUUAGAGAUAUGAGAGAUCUCAGGAAUCUUAGAGAUGUGAGGUAUCUUAGAGAACUCAGGAAUCUUAGAGAUGUGAGGUAUCUUAGAGAUGUGAGGUAUCUUACAGAUCUUAGGAAUCUUAGAGAUGUGAGGGAUCUCAGGAAUCUUAGAGAUGUGAGGUAUCUUAGAGAUAUUAGAUAUUUUAGAGAUCUCAGGAAUCUUAGAGAUGUGAGGUAUCUUAGAGAUCUCAGGAAUCUUAGAGAUGUGAGGUAUCUUAGAGAUGUGAGGUAUCUUAGGGAUCUCAGGAAUCUUAGAGAUGUGAGGUAUCUUAGAGAUGUUAGAUAUUUUAGGGAUCUCAGGAAUCUUAGAGAUGUGAGGUAUCUUAGAGAUAUUAGAUAUUUUAGAGAUCUCAGGAAUCUUAGAGAUGUGAGGAGUUGUUCUCGCUCCGAGAGAGUGAUUGGUUGCCACGUGUCACGUCAGCCGAUGAGUCGGACAAACUGCUACUUUGAGAUGGAGUGUCUGUCACGGGAGGGAACGCUGAAUAUCGGCAUCGUCAUGGGGAUCAUUCAUGAUGUCCUCUUCUCCGACAGACACCCUAUGGAGUCAAACGAGAAGUCUGGAGGAGCCGUUGAAGGGUUUGAAUUUCAUGCGGGUGAUGUUAUAGGAUUUGGAAUAGAAGGAAAGUGGGAGUCAGAGUAUGUGCCCCUGGACAGCUGCUCAUUCUAUUAUACCAGAAAUGGAUCGAGGUGUGUGGACAAGACUUUGAAGGAGAAGCCUCACAGUGGAAUGUAUCCCCUCAUAUCAGUGCUCGGGAAGGACAUCGGUGAAAUCCGACUCAAGAACUACGCUGCACCGCCUGAGUCAUUGCAGAAAACGUGGGAGAAGGAAAAACUCUACAUGGAGCCUGGCUUUUGUCACUGUAUGCUCUGGGACGAAGAUGGUGUUAUCACGUAUGCUGACUACUACAAGAACAUUGGAGAUGUCGGCCUCUUUGUGAGCAGACACGCCAUUACAAAGGCCAACAACUCUUGCACCAUUGAAAUCCUUGACACAGGUGACAAAGGGACGAUCUCCCUUGGUGUUGGGCCAGAAGAUUACAAAAUUAAGAAGCAGCCCGGAUGGUUGCACCCAUCUGUUGGUUUCCAUGGAGAUGAUGGAUCCAUCUUCCUGAACAAUACUGGGGAGUACACCAAAUUAAAAGUGAGUUCGCCAUGGAACAAAGGAGAUGUGAUAAAAGUCUUGGUAACUGGGUUCAGCAGUAACAUGGUGGGCGACGACGAGAAGAUAACAGUAACGUUUUACAGAAACAACAAACAGGUGGAGGAGGUAAAUCUUCAAUAUAAGAAACCAGCGGGAGUUCGAUGCGUCUUUCUAAUCGGAAUGCACAGUCCGAGGGAAAAAGUGAAACUUCUCAACUUCAGAAGACCCUACCAACCUAAUCCACCAGUUGAUGACAAACUUACCAUGGGAAGGUGUAACUUCAUCAAUGUGUACGAUGAUGGAACUCUGACAUACUACAAAUUUGACAAGAGAGAGCCGUUUGGACUGUAUGUUUCGAAAACUCCCAUUUCACAAAGGCUGACAUACUUUGAGAUGAAAGUUUUGAAGUCAAACUCUGAGAGACACAUUGGGAUUGGACUUUGUCACCGUGACUACAAGAUUAACGAGAUGCCGGGCUGGCUUGCUGCAUCGGUUGCUUAUCACGCUGAUAAUGGAGAGUUAUACAGUAAUGCAGUAGUUGGCAUGAAGACCUUGGAACAGGACUCUAGCAAGCUUGAGUUUGGUGAGGGAGAUGUUGUGGGUUGUGGUGUGGAGGCGGUGUUCACUGGAUCCAGACUGAAGCCUCAGCAGACUCUUAAAGUGUACUUCACCAAAAAUGGCACACGGGUACAUGAGAUUAAGAUGGACUACAUCACUGAUGGCUUGUACCCAUGUGUAGCAUUGCACUUUGAAGAGGACAAAGUCCAGCUCCAUGACUUCUUCCCUGGUUGUCAGAGACUCAUCCAAGAAACCCCUACAAAAACAAAACAUAAGACAGUGGAACAGGACCUGCCAGAAGGAUGUCAGUUUGUGGUUGUUGCUGUGGGUGAUGGGACAACAUCAGACGUUAGAGGAAAGGCAGAGUUGGUGAAACAGCAGCUUGAUCUUUCUAUUGAUCUUGAUCUCAUUGCCGACCUGGAGGAAGAAGUUGCAAGAUUAGAUAGUGAUCUCGACAGCCUGCGAAUCCAAGGACAGCAGUAUUACAGCAGUCUGUGUUGGCAGUUGCAGUGUCUCAAACGAAUCGUCCAACAACCAGACAGAGUCAAGUUUCUGGCACUUGACACAAAAACAGGACAGGGAUAUGAAGAUUUAGUGAAAACUAUUUUGUUGAACCAAACAACUCACCAGGAGUUGUAUCCCAAGCUGUAUGAACUGCACCCGACUGUGAAGACCAAACUUGAGGCGAUCGUUUCUGUCGUUCACUUACGUGGUGUUGUACCCAUCUCAGAACUCCAGGAGGCAACUGGUGGCAUCUUCGGGGAAUCUUCUUACCUCUACACUCGAGCUGUCAAAUAUUUACAUAAGAAGGUAUUUCCUAAGGGUGAAGCUGUGACAAUAGAGUCGAAGUGUUUCUCCCCCGAGAUGGACAACGUGGCGAUCAAUGAUGACACAUCGUUCCACAUCGAGGAGUACACCUGGCAGGCUUUCUGUAUCUUCAGUGACAUCUUCGACUUCUACAUCACAAACCAAGGCCUUGUCACCAUCAUACACGAGAACACGCCACACUGGUUCGUGAACAGUUCAGUUGGGUGUUUGCAUGACUGGAGUUUCUCCGACGUUGACCACCCUCAGACUAUCUGCACCAUGUGUAACCAGUGUUGUGACAGUGGAAUUGACUGUCAGUGGAGUGGAAUUAUGGGACAGUAUCUGCGAGAGUGCUGCUGUGGAACAAGAGUCAAUGGGUGCAAACAGUGCGGCAUCUGCAAGAGAUGUGCCGACGAACUGUGGGUGGGUGCAGCACGUGAUCAUGAGCAGCACGACACAUCUGGUGCAGUGAUCCAGGUGUUCCCUGGGCCAGCCGUCAAGAUCCCCUCCGUCCAGGAGAUCGAUGGCUACAACGAGAAGAACAGUGCGGCCGAGCCCAGGAUGAGGUUUGAACAGGGAGACGUCAUCAAGAUCAGACUGACAGAAAUACCCAAGACUAGACUGAUGGUUAGUGAUAUAGAGGAAGAGGAGGUGUCGCUGGAAAUAAAGCCUGUUUACCACACACUGUUUUGUCGGGAAGUGCGUAUCUGGCAUGAUACUGGAAUCCUUUGCUACGAUACAUCAUCACCAUCCAUUCCUGUGGGACAGUUUUGUGCAGCUCGACCUUUGACCUCUGAGUGCAACAAGUUCUCUCUUGAAAUUGUAAACCCUGGUGAAUCGAGGACUAUUUCGAUUGGUUUGUGCCACAGACGUUAUCUAGCCAAUCGGCAGCCUGGUUGGGAUCCACUUUCUAUUGGUUACCACGCCGAUGAUGGAGGGAUUUUUAUUGGAUCAGGCUGGCCUCUUCAUUCAGUUGGUGAGGUUUUACCAGGAGAUAGGAUGACUUGCCAGCUUGACAUGGACAAAAGGAAAGUCACUUUUUAUCACAAUGACAAACAGGUGUAUGAGAGCAACAAACUGCGAGUGCCUGCUGGCGGUUUUCACCCGAUUAUUGGCCUCCAUUCCACAGGGGAAGCUGUUCGCUUGUUGGACAAGGACCCUUGGUUACCACCCAGAGAGGGAGAUAUACCAUCACUACCUUUGGCCUUUGAUUCCAAGAAGUAUGGAAAUCUGUGGAUCAGUCCCGGACGUACUAUGUUUCUCUUGAAGAGGAAAGGUGUGCACGGCUGGCUCCUGCUUCACAACCCGAGUAAAGAUCUCAUUGGCUUCAUGAUCACAUUCAGUGCUGGCAACAAGGUAGACAACUGGAGUCCGAUUGGAUAUCUUGAACCACACAAGUCUCAUUGUAUCCGGAUAGAUCUCCCAGAAGCACCAAGCAUUGUGGACAUUGUGUGGUUCAGUCUGGAGCUGGGGAAACAGUAUUCUGAGGAAGAGAUUGAGACAUUUCGUUCUACUCUAACACCAGAAAGGCUGCAUUCACACAGCUUGCGGGUACACAUAGCUGAGAAACAGUUACAGAGUGUCACACCUCUUCGCAUCGUCGGCGUCUCUGUACCAGAAGAUAAGGAUGUUUACACACUGGAGAUCCUGAAGAAUGGUGGGUUAGUUCAGAAGUACUGGUUACACGGAGGAUCCUAUCAUUGCUUGAUACCGAAGGUCAAAUCGGAGGAUACAGAGAGAGAUAUCUUUCUUCGUUACCCCAAAUUCCCGACUUUUGAUCAGCCCAACAUGUUUCAAAAAGGAAUGCGAUUGGUGGCAAAGCCGUAUGAGAAUGUCUACGCUGAGUGUAUGAUUGUGGCGGUGUCGCGAGAUGGCCAGUCUUUGACUCUGGAAUACUCACCCAAGGACUCGGAUGAGAACAUCCAGGUGGAUCUGAGCAUCGACUCGGAGGUCAUACAGCUGAAGGAUGUCCCUCUGGAGGCCUUCGAGGACGUCAAGGAGAAGAUGGAACAUCUCAGGGCACAGGGUAAAACUGAAGAUAAGAAGGAUGGGAAAAAGCCAGAAGAUGGAAGUGGUGAUAAGCCACAGGUUUCUGAAGCUGGAAAGGGAGACAGUUCAAAGGAGAAGAAGGAUGCGGAAGUGAAGGAAGAAGAACUGGAGGAAGGGGGGUCGAGUUUCGCGUCGUGGGGUAAGGUGAGCAGGAAGAAGAAGCAGAAGCCAGAGAAAGAAACGGAGGAAGAGAAGAAGAUGAAGGCAGAUAUUGAAGUGCUGGGAUAUGAAACAAGAGGCAAUUUUACAGCUGAGAAAAGGGCCUACAUCUUUCCUCCUUUACACUUACUGACAGAGUCGGGUCGUUUUGCCAUCAUCGCUUUGGAUUCCAACUGGAAGGAAAAUUCCCUGAUCUCCCAGUCGAAGUGUCAGAAUAUCCCAACAAGAGUUACAGUUCAAGAACAGCAGAUAAUGGAGUUAUCACGAGAUCUGCCUUCUUGGGUGCGAGGUUCAGGGAAGGACGGAAAGAUUGAUCAAGCUUAUGCAUUCCUGCCACAAAACCUCAACAGGAUGAGUCUCUGUCACCCAUCUGUUACCGACAUGUUUGAAAAUGUUGAUGUCCACAGACUUUGCUUUCUUGUUGACCAGGUUUAUUUUGCUGUUGAAUUAGAGCAGUUCCUGGACAUUCCCAUCCACUUUGUGAACAUCCCUCCAAUCACCCCCAAACAACCGCUGCCCCCCAGCCUGAUGUACGGAAAUAUCUUCUCGGGAUGGACCUACACGGCACUCAUUGCCACAAAGUUACUGCUACCUGUCUGUGAUAAAGUAUUUCCCAGUGGCCAACCAGACUUCUCCAGAGAACAGCUGGAGGUGAUGCUGCACCAGCUGGUUCAUGUGUAUGCGGCCCAGUGUCACCUCCUCGCCGAACAGUACGGCAGUCUGCAGUUCCAGCAGACGUACGACGCCGGCACCACUGAGGUCAACCGAGCCAUUGCCCAUGGCGACACCAACGUCAGGACGACUGUAGACAUGGAGGAUUCCUCGUACUUGUUCAAGAGACGGUUCCGUAACCACUGCCUCUGUAAAACACAUCUGUGGACGUUGGAGAAAACCAACAUGUCUGAGGGGGACUCAACUGUGAGUCUAACGAUGGACUACUUCAUACCGUAUGAAGAAACUGUGAACUGCUUCGCCCGAGAUCUGUAUUCCACCGAGUCCCUGCCGUCGGACCUGUUCGCCAAGUUCUCCAACCUGCAGUACUUGGCUCUUGACCUGUGUGAGAAGAUGAAGGAACUGCCAGCUGGGAUUGCCAAGUGUCAGCGUCUCAAUACGGUGUUGUUAACCAACAUGGCUCUCAAGGUCUUGCCUGCAGACAUUUUUAAAACACCAAAUUUAGAGAAUCUUACAUGCUCAAAUCUGUUGGUCAAAUCUUUACCCACUGAUUGGUCAAUGGCCAGCAAGCUGACCAGGCUGAUCCUUUCGGGUUUGCAGUUAGAGUUACUUCCCCCAGAAAUCAGCAAUCUACAGGAGCUGGUUCUCUUAGACCUCAGUUACAAUCCUUUGAAGGAUCUACCCAUGGAGCUGGGGAAGUUGCAGAAACUCAAGUACCUUUCUGUCUGUGGUAUGCCAUGGAUUUCAUUGGAAUCCAACAAAACCAUCACCGUGGACAUUUACACAGAUUGGUUCAAUGAUCGACCUUACAUUAAGAACUUUUUAUCAAAGCAGAAAAUCCAGCAGAUGUUUUCACAAAAUGAUGUCAGUAAAAAUGGAACACUGGGUGUGGAUGAAGUAGCUGGACUGAAUCUUCGACUGUUCUGGGAGAUUCCGAGAAUUGGAGCCAAAAAUCUGAAGUAUGGUGGAAUCCCACCUGCUAUAUUCCUGCUUACCUCCCUUGAGGAGCUCUACCUUGACUACCAGGCGAUUGUAGCUGUCCCAGUCCACAUGUGUCGUCUCGUAAACCUGCGUACAUUGAGCCUGGCACACAAUCCACUGCUGGAGAGUCUGCCGGGUUCUCUCGGACAUCUACCAAAUAUCAAAAGUAUUGAUCUUUUGAGCUGCCCCUCGCUACGAACCCCACCUAAUGAGGUUGUGAGUCGAGGGUUCGAGUCGGUGAAAGCCUACCUUAAACGCCUGGCUGGUGGCUUUACUGAGUGUCGCAGAACCAAACUCAUGUUUGUUGGCCUUGGAGGAGCAGGGAAAACCAGUCUUCUGAAAGCACUGAUGAGUUCGAAGAAGAAAACCGAUGGAACGAAGGGAGAGGAUAUCACCGACGGGAUCGUCAUUCAGCCGUGGACGAUAAAAAACAGUGACGGACUGGAAGUCACCUACAACACGUGGGACUUCGCUGGGCAAACUCUCUACUACAACACCCAUCAGUUUUUCCUGUCUAAGCGUGCCAUCUACCUACUUCUGUGGUCGACUCGGCAGGGAUUCGAGCACGCUGGGUUAGACUUCUGGCUUAGUUCUGUAGCAUGCCAUGCUCCUCACACUCCAAUUUUUGUCGUAGGAACACACUGUGAUCAGGUACCCAAAGCUGAUGUUCCCCAGGAUCAACUCCAAGAACGCUACCCACAAAUAGUCGGCUUUCACUUUGUCAGCUCUGUCGAGGGAAAGGGUAUAAGAGAACUGCAGGAGAAAAUGCUUGAAGUGACACUGGCCCAGAAGAACAUGGGGGAGAAGAUUCCUCAAGUGUGGCUCAGUCUGGAGCAGAGAAUACUGAAAGAUCGAACAACAACCAGUAUCUUGGAGUGGGGGGUCAUCAAAGAAUAUGGCAUGGAUGUUGGAAUCUAUGAUGAGAAAGAUAUAAGGGAGGCAAUCCAGUUUCUACAUGAACUUGGGACAGUUCAGUAUUUUGACAAUGACUUCCUGCGUGAUCACGUUGUUAUCAAUCCGCAGUGGAUUGUCAACGUGAUGUCAUGUGUGGUGUCGGUGAAAAACUCUCCAAUACAGGACAAGAAGGGUCGAUUUGAACAUGUGGACAUACCGACUGUGUGGAGCAGUUAUCCCCCUUCUCUUCACAAAUGGCUGUUACAGCUGACAGAGGAGUUUGAUUUAACGUUUCCGAUUCCCAAAGAACCAGUCAACAUUGUGCCCUGUCUUCUGCCUCACGAGGUCCCCAAAGAUUUGAACUGGCCGUCUAUAGAAGGACGGGAAGGAAUACAUGAAACAAAGAUAGUCUACAAAUUUGCAUAUCUGCCAGCAGGACUUUUCAAUCGAGCACAAGUUCGGCUAUUCCAGUUUUCUGAUGGCACACAGAUUUGGAAGUGGGGUUCACUUCUGAAGAAAAACAAUCAUCUUGCACUGAUUGAACAGACUGGUGACUGUGAGCUGAUUGUCAAGGUGCAGGGUCCAAGGCCUGAAAACGUCAUCUUCCUUGUCCACGAGAUAUUUGAGAGUCUGAUCGAGGAGUCGUUUCAUGGAGUAGUUUACCAUUUCCUUGUUCCCUGUCCAGACUGCAUCCUCAAAGAGGGCACUCUGGAACCCAGUCUGUUUGAGUCAGAGCUGAUCAGUCAUGCGAAGGACUGCAAGGCGCCGUUCUUACAGUGUCGCAAAUACUUCCACACAGUGUCCAUGGGACAGCUGCAGGAUUCAGUCCCCGAUGUCAGUGACUUUGACUCGCAGCUCUACAGCCGGAUUAUUGCCCUGCAGCAGCUCAAUGAUGACCGAACCACCGACGUUGCCGUGUUAUACUGUGCCAUGGACGUGCCAGGCUCCAGUCAGGAUGGCGACAUGAUUCAGCCAGUCUGCAUUAAGAACGAUCUCGAACAGGAGAAGUUUUCUGUUUGGUUUUCUGAUGAUAUGCGGAACAUUUCAGCUGAAAACUUAGUUUGGGGCAUCAAGAAUUCUAAGGUUGUUGUGGCCCUGGUCUCAGACAAUUUUGAGCGAGAUGACAAAUGUCGUGACAUGUUAUGGUAUGCGAUGGACAGUUUGAAAAAGGACUAUGUGAUCGCAGUGAUCGGUAAUAGCUUAGCCUGGCAGAACACCGACAUGGGCAUGAGGAUAGGGAAACAGGAGAUAAUGGUGAUGAUAAAGACGAAGACUCGAUACGCUGAGAAGAAGAAAGAACUCAUCAGCAUGGUCAACUCCAAGUUGAUGCAGCUUCAAGAGAUGGCCAACAAGGACCACCACACAUGUUUCAUCAGUUACUGCUGGUCGAACUCCCAGGAUGCUGUUAACAAGGGAACAAAACACAAGGAAGGGUCGCUGGGAUGGGGCGACCCUCGAGUGAUAAAGAAAUACCUUCAGGACGAAAGAAUUUCUACAUGGAUAGACUAUGAGCAAACCAUUUGUGGGGGAGCUGGUUUGUUUCAGCGUUUAGCAAAAGCAGUUCGAGAUGCCAAAGUGUUUGUGGCCUGUAUUUCAGAUGAGUAUGCCGAAUCUGAAAACUGUAUGAUGGAACUUAGGUUUGCCGUUCUUAAUGUCAGCUUACCACUAAUCCUCUGUAUCGUUGGAACAAAGACAGGCUGGAAAAUGUCUGAGAUUGGCAUCCUUGCCCGGAGGUCUGGCGCAUCCAAGGUGUUCUUUCAAAAGGAAAACCCUGAAGCUCUGGACACACUGGUUAACUUUGUGAGGGCAGCCAUAUCGUCAAAGAGCUCCCUGUUGACGAAGAAGGAGCUGGUUAAACAGGAGCAUUCAGAGUUGAAGAAAAAACAAGCCUCCAAGAUCACCAACGUGUCCUUCCAGGAGGAAUAUGAACUGAUCCAGAGAAAGUUUAUGCGACAUAUCAUUUCGUUCAUCAGUAUUUCCGACUCAAGACCGAUGCCACGACUGAUAGUUCUGGACUUUGAUGUGAAGGCCGAGUAUAAUUUGAAACAGAACUACGUGGCAAGAGAGAGUUACAACAUCAGAGGGUCUUCAUUUGGCAGAGCAAAUCUGAGUAAGGGAUCAUAUAAUAUGAAGCAUGACUAUUCAAAUUAUGCAAGUCCGAAGACGAAGUUCCUGUCCAAAUCAUCAGCAUAUGACGAAAUUCCUGAAGUUCCUACGGAAAGUCCUGUCCCAAUGCGUGGCAUUCGAGCAAAAACAGCUACACGAUCCAGGGACAGAAUGGAGCCAUUUAUUUUGGAUGAAGAGGAGGAAAUUUGGGAACGAGAAACAUUUUGUAUUAAAAUCCUCUGUGAACACGAAGAGGGAUGGCACGAGUGUAAGAAGACUUAUUCAUUCCGAAAAGAUGACGAAUUCUUUGACACAAUGAGAAGACUGGCGCCAUAUCUGUUCCGACUGUACAGCAUCCUGAAGCAGAGUUCCGUCCAGCUGAAUUGUUUAACAGGAGAAAGAGGCACCAAGUUUCAGGAGUGGAUUGAUAAGGAGUCACAGAACAUAGAUUUCCUGGAAUCGUUCAAGGCUGUCAGGGAUGUUAUUCCCGAGGAUGAAGAGGCUUCAGAUUUCCUACAGCAACUUAGCAGGUGUCACCUUCCAAGUGGGAAGAUCUACUGGUUGUGUGAUGAGCAUCAGUCGGGACCACGAAUCACCAAACUCAGCCUCGACAUCGGAACCAGCAAGAGUCAGCGCAAAGUUGUCUUCCCUGAAGACACAGCACUCAAAGAGAUCAUGGAGAAAUCGGACAUGUUCAGGAAACAGAAGGCGGAAAAAUCUAAGUCAACAGUAAUACUUCCUCCCAUAAACAAUGUUGCUGUUAUAGAGAAACCAGCCCCUGACAAGAAACAACUCGGUAGCAAUGAUCCGAGACGGCAGAGUGUGUUUGAACGUGUUGAUGCUGGUCUUAGCUUCAAGCCUCAACACAACAAGCCACGGAAAUCAGCAAAACCUCAACAGAUGGUUGUCGAGGCCGAAAUAAGUGAAGAAAGUGGCCACAAGACUGUGGCGUUCAGUGAUAAGACACCCGAUUCUAAAACUAGGGAGCCGGGAACUCGGAAAGUGGCUACGACUGCAGGUGGUUCAACAUCUCGCAGUAAUUCACAGCAAGAGUUCAAAGCAGCUGGAACAGUGGCAUCCAUUGUAACCACAGCAACCAAAACAACGGCUAAUAAAUCAGCAGGCAAGACAGCAAGCAAGACGUGUGCCAUUCAGUAGAGCAAAUACUGACACUCCAUUUUGGAGGUUAGGCACAGACAAUAUGACAUUAUGAAGCACAGACACCAUGAUGUUAUAAAGUACAGACAAUAUGACACUAUGAAGCACAGACAAUAUGACGUUAUGAAGCACAGACAAUAUGACGUUAUCAAGCACAGACAAUAUGAUGUUAUGAAGCACAGACAAUAUGAUGUUAUUAAGCACCGACAGUAUGAUGUGAUGAAGCACAGAAAAUAUGAUGUUAUCAAGCACAGACAAUAUGAUGUUAUGAAGCACAGAUGAUGUGAUGUUAUGAAGCACAGACAAUAUGAUGUUAUGAAGCACAGACAAUAUGAUGUUAUGAAGCACAGACGAUAUGAUGUUAUGAAGCACAGAUGAUAUGAUGUUAUGAGCACAGACGAUAUGAUGCUAUGAAGCACAGAUGAUAUGAUGUUAUGAAGCACUGACAAUAUCAUGUUAUGAGCACAGACAAUAUGAUGUUAUGAAGUACAGACAAUAUGAUGUUAUGAAGCACAGAUGAUAUGAUGUUAUCAAGCACAGACAAUAUGAUGUUAUGAAGCACUGACAAUAUGAUGUUAUCAAGCACAGACAAUAUGACAUUAUGAAGCACAGACAAUAUGAUGUUAUCAAGCACAG